AUCGAUGAUUUCGACAGUAGUCGCGUUGCAGCACCACUCGUGUGCUGUAUAUGCAAAAGUCCGAUAAUAGGACCCUCUCCUGCAUACACAUGCUCUCUUCAGCAUUCUCCUUGUUCAUUUUUCCUGCACAAAAGAUGUGCAGAAUCACCCGAGCGUAUCAUACACCAUUUACAUCCACAACACCAGCUUCACCUCUGUAAUAAUUAUUGUUACAUGAGUAUAAUCGAGGGGAGAACUAGUCUUGCGACUAUUAGUUUUGCUUGUGCAGCUUGUACCAGCGACAUCAAUGUAUACACGUGGACUUACAACUGUAGAUUAUGUCAGUUGGAUAGGGAAGAAGAAGAAUCUACAAGUGUAGAUCCAUUUGCAUUGUGCGCAAGAUGUGCUGUGAUGGAGUCAGUGCUGGAUCACGAGGGACACGAGCACCACUCGCUAACAUUACUGCGCAGGAAAGUGCGUUUCUCCUGUGAUGCUUGUGGAAUUGAAGCUGCGGAAUUUCAUUCUUAUAUAUGUUAUGAUUGUCACUUCUGGAUCCACAGCAGCUGCGCUGAAUUGCCUCGCACCAUCAAACUCUGGAUUCAUGAGGACGAUACUCUGCAGCUCAUUUAUUCUAUUCCAGAAAUGUACAGGAGAUUCAUUCGGCAUUGCCCCAUCUGCAGCCAAGGACUCGAGCGAAAGAACUGGGCCUAUUUCUGUGAGGAGUCGGGAUAUUUUGUUCACAUCAAGUGUGCUGCUGCUUUAUUAGCGUCAGGGAAAAAUGUGAUUGAAACUGAAGAUGAUUAUGAGGACACAUAUUCUGAUCUGUUGCAAUUUCCACUCCCAAGAAUAGAAUCUUUGGUGCAGAAUUUAAUAGCAGCUCACCGAUCAGGCAAAUGGACUCGUCAAAUGAACGCAAUAGAAGAUGAAGUUGAUAAUGGGGAGGAGAGUCCAGUAAUCAAUCACCGGAAUCAUCCAGUGGAUAAGUUGUUUCUUUUGGAAGAACUUGAAGAUACUGAUUAUAACAGUGAUGAUGAUGACGGUGAUACUAACAAUCAUAUUGAUAAUGGCAAGGAGAGUCCCCUAAUCAAUCACUGGAGUCAUCCGGAGCAUAAGUUGUUUCUUUUGGAAGAACUUCAAGAUGCUGAUCAUAACAGUGAUGAUGAUGAUGAUGAUAAUGAUGAUGAUGAUGAUAAUGAUGAUGAUGAUGAUGAUAAGUUGUUUCUUUUGGAAGAACAUGAAGAUUCUGAUCAUAACAGUGAUGAUGAUGAGAGGGAUACUAACAAGCGUAUUGAUGAGAUGUUGGUGUGUGAUGGAUGUGUCCAACCAAUCUCAACAGCUUCGAAUAAACGUUACUAUGGCUGCAUCGGAUGCAGUUAUUUCCUACACACUACCUGUGCCAAUCACUUGCCAUUGCAGUCCCGUCCAGGAAAAUGUCCAUUUGAUCCUCAACACAUAUUAAAGCUUCAUCACUACAGUACUAGUCCAUUAGAAACUACUAUCUGCCAUGGAUGCGAUGCACGUACCAAUGGAUUCACAUAUCGCUGCUCUACAUGUUGGAGUCGUGCACUUUGCAUUUCCUGUAGUUUAACACCUCACAAAAUUAAACAUGAGUAUCACAAGCACCCCUUAGUUCAGCGUCACGCCACAUCGCUGAAUACAUGCAACGCUUGUUUACAGGUAAUAGAUUACGGGUUUGAAUACGGAUGUGAAAGUUGCAGUGACAUCCAGAUUCAUCCAAGUUGCGCGGUGUCAUUCCCAAAAACAAUACAUCACAGAUGGGAUUCUCAUUCUAUAUCGUUGAUAUAUCCUCCCAUAUAUUACAAGGGCUUAAGAUACUGUGAGAAAUGCGAGCUGGAAGUGAAUCCAGAAGCCUGGUUGUAUCGUUGCAGCGAAUGUGAUCAAUGUUUUCACCCCUUAUGCAUUCGACAACCUCAUCUGAAGCUCGGCCGUACGAUUAAUUCAUCAAUUACUCGUACUCUUCACCAGCACACCUUAACAGUAAGGAUGAUAUACAAAAACAGGUAUCCUCGACGUCUACAUAAAUAUUUGUCCUGCAGAGGAAGAUAUUGUAUGGAGAAAAGGUUUAAGAGUCUUCAAGAACUAGUCUUGGAAUGUGCUGGUUGUAAUUAUAUAAUGUGUCUAUAUUGUUCCUCCCAGCAAAUCAAGUCUUGAGCCUUGAGUCAUGGAAUUAAUCAGAUGGAGCACGGAGAAUGUUCCAACUUUCAGUUGUUGA